AUGGCUCUCUUCCAGACCAUCGUCACUCCUACUGUUACCUAUGAGCAACCACUAGGGCUGUUCAUCAACAAUGAAUUUGUCCCCGGCGUAGAAGGCAAAACCUUUGAAACCAUCAACCCCCACGACGAAAAGCCCAUCGUCGCCGUUCACGAGGCCACCGAAAAAGAUGUCGACAUUGCCGUCGAAGCCGCCCGCAAAGCAUUCAAAGGCGCAUGGAAGGACGUCAUCCCCUCAGAGCGCGGCCGUCUCCUAACUCGCCUUGCUGACCUCCUCGAACGCGACAUGGAUACCGUCGCCGCCAUCGAGGCCCUCGACAACGGCAAGGCCUUCCACAUCGCCAAGGGAGACGUUGCUCUCUCGGCAAACUGCAUCCGGUACUAUGGUGGCUGGGCUGACAAGAUCGUCGGCCAAACGAUCGAUACCAGCCCCGGCACUCUGACGUACACCCGUCACGAGCCGGUUGGCGUGUGUGGCCAGAUCAUCCCAUGGAAUUUCCCACUGCUGAUGUGGGCGUGGAAGAUCGGGCCUGCCAUUUCCACCGGCAACACUGUUGUCCUCAAAACCGCUGAGCAGACGCCGCUCUCAGCACUGUACGUCGCCAGAUUGGUCAAGGAGGCCGGCUUCCCACCGGGCGUCAUCAACAUCAUCUCGGGAUUCGGACGUGUAGCUGGCGCUGCAAUCGCGGCCCACAUGGAUAUCGACAAGGUGGCAUUCACCGGCUCGACGCUGGUCGGCCGCCAGAUUCUCCAGGUCGCAGCGAAGAGCAACCUAAAGAAAGUCACACUGGAGCUGGGCGGCAAGUCUCCCAACAUCGUCUUCCCCGACGCCGAUCUGGAGGACGCGAUCAAAUACGUCAACCUGGGUAUCUACUUCAACCACGGGCAAUGCUGUGCCGCCGGUUCGCGCGUCCUCGUGCAUGAAUCGAUCUACGACAAAUUCCUAGCGCUCUUCAAGCAGCGCGCGGAGGAAAACAAAGUCGGAGACCCGUUCCACCCGGAGACGUUCCAGGGUCCCCAGGUCUCUCAGGUGCAAUUUGACCGCAUCAUGGGAUACAUCGACGAGGGUAAGAAGGCGGGUGCCACCGUUAUUACUGGUGGCGCGCGCCACGGCGAAAAGGGGUACUACAUCCAGCCUACCAUUUUCGCGGAUGUGCGUGAGGACAUGAAGAUCGUCAAAGAGGAGAUCUUUGGGCCUGUUUGCACAGUGCAGAAGUUUAGCUCCGAGGAGGAGGCUAUUGAGAUUGCUAACAAUACGAACUAUGGGCUGGCGGCGGCUGUUCACACUACCAAUCUGAACACUGCCAUCCGGGUAUCCAAUGCUAUCAGAGCUGGAACUGUGUGGAUCAACAACUACAACACCUUCCUUGCCCAGAUGCCAUUCGGGGGCUUCAAGGAAUCCGGGUUGGGCCGGGAGCUGGGAUCGUACGCUCUGGACAAUUACACGCAAGUCAAGACUGUGCACGCUCGUAUCAAGGGCGCUUAG